CGCGGUUCCCGCGCCGGUCCAUGGAACGUUGUGUAUCAAAGGCUGCAGCGGGCUGGCGGGCGGGCGGGCCGGCGUGUAUGGCGCUCUCCGGCCCUGUCACAACAGGGCCCAGGGACGGGACUCUGGGGCGGAGCUGGGGCGCCGGCCCCCUCUCCCUGCCAGUGCGGGGUGCGGAGGCGGCUGCGCAGGGCCCGGCCAUGGCCACGCUGAAGCUGGUGGUGCUCGGGGACAGCGCGGUGGGCAAGUCCAGUCUCUUGCUGAGAUUCACCGAUGACACGUUUGAGCCGUACUUGAACCCCACGAUAGGUGUUGAUUUUAAAGUGAAGAAAAUGCUGGUCGACGGCAAUGCAGUGCAACUUGCAAUAUGGGAUACAGCGGGACAGGAACGGUUUAGAACACUGACGCCCAGUUAUUACCGAGGAGCUCAAGGUGUUAUUUUAGUGUAUGAUGUCACGAGAAAAGACACUUUCACAAAACUAAUGACCUGGCUGAAGGAGCUGGAGACAUAUGCUACGCAGAGCAACAUUGUAAAAAUGUUAGUUGGCAAUAAAAUUGACAAGCCAGAUCGUGAGAUAAACAAAAAGGAGGGACUCCAGUUCGCUAGGAAACACUCAAUGCUCUUUAUAGAGACCAGUGCUAAAACGCGGGAUGGAGUACAAUGUGCCUUUGAGGAAGUGGUCAUAAAGAUCCUACAGACUCCAGAACUUUGGGAUAAAGACAAACAAAAGUUCGGAGUCCAGUUGGAGACACCACCACCCACAGAGGAAGAAUUUUGUGGUGGAUACUGUAUACUUACUUAAAUUCACAGAUGCCUAGUCCAUCUGACCAGCUGGACUUUCAGGUAUAUUGCUAAGAGCUUACAAAGAGACAAACCAAAUUCCAUUCUGGACACGUGUGAUUUGUUAUGGGACCAACCCAGAUGGCUUUGUUUCAGCACACCUGCCUCGUUUUAAAAUAAUAGAUUUGAUGGUUACUAUGUUGGCAAAAAUGGAAUAUAUAUUUAUUUGUAUGAAGCAUGGUACCUCUUGCUCUGACAGUCUUUGCUCAAAAAAUAAGACUACAGUGUCAGAUAGCAGCAGAGUGUUAUUUGUCAUAGGGCUAAUAAUAGAGCCAAGCUGUCCAACCCUCAGGCUUUAUUGAAAAGCUUUCAAUCUCUACAGUAAGCAUGCUCGGGCAGCCAAGUUCCCUUGAAGUAUUGAAAAGACACUUCCCAUGCUACAAUCUGGGAUAAUCACUGAUUCUGCCUCCCUGUUUCAGGUGCUUUUAUGUGCUGGAACUCCUUCUGAGACCUUUUCCACUCGACUUAUCCAGAACAUUUCAUCCAGUUCUCUCAGAUCCAAAAACUCAGUUCAGCUCCAGCUUAUCACUCAGGUUACUUCAUUAGGCAUGGAACAGUUCUGUGCCCACACUAGCCAGGACUAGAUACAGCUGGUUUAAAUACAAGGUGACACCACAAUUCCAAAUCAAAUCACACACUACACAUUUUUCUAGUUAUUAACAGCUAUACUUUUUAAAUGUAAUUGUUUUGGACAUCAUACGGAUCAUGUAAGGACCACUUGCUUUGCAGAUUGUGUAGGGCCCAAUCACUUCUGUCCUCAACUUAGGUACAUUUCAAGCUUGUCAGUUCAAAGUGUCCCUACUUACCUCAGUUAGUCCAAAAACAGUCUCCAGAAGACUAGGGUGACCAAAUUACAGGAACAAAAUAUCGGGACACAUGAGGGGGCAGGUCCGGAGCGCUGCCAAAGCAAAAAAAACAAAACCCAGAGCCAGAAUAUCAGGACAAAUGGCAUCCUGACCAUACAUCCGUCGGGACACGGGACAAACGACUGAAUAUCGGGACGCUUGGUCUCCCUGCAGAAGACAGCCUGUCCUACCCUUGUUUUACAGUUUAACCUUGCACUCAAAUUGAGCUAUAUGCAAGUUUAUUCAUGACCAGCAAGAUCUAGGCCUACAUUAUGUAGUAUGUGUUGCUACUAAAUGUUCCCAAGUCAGAAGUAAUCCAGCUGCCUAUCCAAAAUACUCUGGGUGAGGACAGUCAUCAUUUCAGUGUCAUACUCUUGGGAGGUAGACUUUUUCCACUAGCUUUUCUGUUGCAAACCCAGGGGUUUACAGCAGCUCUGUGUAGAUUUACUCCUCACUGUUUCUUACAUAAUUUCUACCAACAGCUAGGAUCAGUGACUAUUAGAACUGUAUUGUUUUAGGCUCUAAUUCCACAAGCCACGUCCAUUGCAAUUAAUGGGGCUGUGUGUGGGCACAGUGGUCUGCCCAGGUGGAGCAUCUUGCAGGAUCAGGAUUGUAAUCACUGUUCCUUCAAACUGCGGCUGUGAUCAAUAAAAAAUCUGGUUUAAAGUUAUGUGACAGCAAGUGAGGCUUUAGAGGAUUUUCCACUGAAAACGAGAUCCUUCUCUCCAUUUUCUUACAAUUUCCAUAGUGGAGUUCUGGUAAUUAGUUGCCACUUACCUUUAUUAUUUCCCCCUACAGUGAAUCACUUCUCUUGAAAUUAGAGUUUGAGUUAUGAAUGCAGCUGUGGCUCUUCUAAAAACUUAGAAAUUACUGGGUCAGAUUCUGACCCUAGGUAUGUUGCCUUCUGUAGAAUUACUGCCAGAUUUCACUGCCAGAUUUCACCAGCAAUUGAGACAAGAACCUGGCUGGCUGUUUUAACACAGCCAAUCUCAGCCAGCAGAAGAGAUCACUAUGACAGCAAUAAAUAUGUUAGAUGCAGCAGGUUUUGCAAGACGGUCCUCAUGAUUAGGGCUGCUUUAAAGAGGACCUGGUGCACUGUGGGAACUGUUGCCUUUUAUGGUUCUCUUUAGCUAAGCUACAAAUGAAAAUCCAAAGGCUCCAUGGUAGUUAUAAUGUUUAAAUUAUUCUCAAAAGUCUCUUAUCCUGCUCUACUCAGCAUGUGAGUGGAAGACGGUGACACUAACGUGACACUCAGGAAAGCUCAGACUAAUCAACUAAAGCAGUGAAGUCAACAUGCCUUAAUUAAAGCACAUUCAAUCACUGUGUAGAUGCUCUCAUUCAGAAGUAAAGUGGCCUUAGUUCACUGUAGCUUAUUUCUACUUGUCCCAUGCAGACAAGCCGUAACAUUCAUCUCUUGAAUAACAAAGGUCCAAAGCUUCUGAUGAAUGAAUAAGAGAGAACACAAGGACUUUAAGGGUGACAGUAGGAGACGGGGGGUUGGCUGGGGUCAAGAGGAAAUCUGAAUUCAUGAAAUCAGAAAUAGAAGAGACUGAGAAGGGCAUCCUAGAGUUGCCGCUAUAAUUCUUCUCUCUAAGAUUGGCUUACCUUUCAGCCCUUACAAACUACAGGCAGUAUUCCCUAUGUGCUUAGCUGUUUCUGAACUACCAGCACAAGUUCCAGAACUGCAGUAUAUGCACGGGUGAGCGAGAGGGUGUAUGCAUGCAGCAUGUGUACAGUCAUUGCUUCAUGCAGCAGUGACUGCUGUGCAGCUGCUUCCAUUCUGUGACUGUAAUGGUGCCAUGCCUAGAUACUAUGCUAAUUGGUGCUAUGUAAAUACCAUAGAUACAAUAAUUGGAGUCUGCCACCUUCUCAGUAGGUGUUUGCUACUCAUCAGCUACCAGACUAAAUGUAACAAACUGCCUCUCCUACCUUACAAACAAGUAAUAUGCCCCAGCCUCCUUGUCUGUAAUACUGAAUGUCAUUUCACGGUAUUUGUAUCUUCUGUCUAUAUCUGUCAGCAUGGGCUCUAAGCUCUGUAGUAGCUAUAUGGCUGUAAACUAUUUAAUGAUUCCUAAAAUAUGCUGUUGCUUUAAAAUAAUGCCUGUUUAAUAGUUCCCUCCUGUUAUAGUCUGCUUUUGCACUUUAAUUAAUUAAUUGCCCUGGCAAGACCCUGCUACUCCACUGCCCACAUAUGGGUAAGUGGUAUCAGUAACUAAGCAGUGUGUAGGUCUCUAGCUAUGCCUUCACAUUAGCACUAUUGAGAAUUAGACCACACACAUGCAGACAUUAAGAAUGUACUCUGCCAUGAAAAAUGCACACCUAUAUGUGCAUGGAAUAGUACCGUAAUAGAAAAUAGUUUAAUUGGUCUUUUUAAUCCAGUAUUUUUAGAGCUUCAGAGGGACAUUCAUAUCAAACAUGACCCCAUCUUAGUUUCGAUAAAAUUAAACUUUAAAAAAACCGAAACAUCAUAGAAAUGUCUCCAUGAAUGUUAUGCAUUCCAGUGGAAACAGCUUACUUAAAAAAAGUUCUGUAUUGACUGUUCAAUUAUUUUAUCUUUGAACUAGUGUAAGAAAACCUAAAAGUGAAAUUGUCUAAAAGCCAACUGUAAAGAAAAACAAAACUCUUCAAGAAGAGAGGUGCAAACAGUGGCCAAACAGAACAAACAGGAAAAAUCAGAUAAUUAAAACUGGAAGAAUUUUAAAAUUCAAACUAAGGUGUAUGUAACAUAUGAAGAAAAAUAAUAAUAAUCCUCUACUCCAUCUCACUAUUAAAGGUCACUGUCAUGUUAGAAAUAAUUACUGAAUUUCAACUUUUAUUGUAUAAUAAAGCAUUUGAUGGUAAUA